AUGUCUUACAGAAUCUCUGCCCCCGAUGAGUACCUUGCCAUCACUGGCAUGGGCAUCAAGACCGUCAAGAUCACAAAAGCAACAUGGGUCUGGCCUCUCCAACGAUGCACACGCUUCAGUAUCCGCCCUCACGACUAUGCCAUGGACCUUCAGGCCAUGACUAAGGAGAAGCUGCAGUUCUCUCUCCCCGUCGUCUUCACAGUCGGUCCUGAUGUCAACCAGCGCGGGGCCAACCGCUCUGAUGCCGACAGUGAAGCCGAUGGUCUUGAUCGCGAGGACCGAGGGGACGCUUUGAUGAAGUAUGCUAUGCUCUUGGCCAACUCUGAGGAGAAGGAGAAUGUCACUCAGGGUCAGCAUGUUGCCAAUAUCGUCAAGGGUAUCAUUGAGGGUGAAACUCGAGUUCUUGUGUCUAGCAUGACCAUGGAGGAGAUCUUCACUGAGCGAGAGGUCUUCAAGAAGAGGAUCUUUCGAAAUAUCCAGAAUGAGUUGUCUCAGUUUGGUCUGCUCAUCUUCAACGCCAACGUCAAAGAGUUGAAGGAUGCCCCUAACUCAGUCUACUUCGCCUCGCUCUCCCGCAAAGCUCACGAGGGCGCAACCAACCAAGCCAGAAUCGAUGUCGCAGAGGCUCAACUCCGCGGUAACGUUGGAGAAGCCCAGCGCAAGGGUGAGCAAGAGCGUGAGAUCGCAAAGAUCAACGCCGAGACCGCCGUCCAGAAGACAGUCCGUGAUAUCGAGCGCGCCCAAGCAGAAGCACAACUAGACACCAAGCGCACAGGCCUCACCCGAGAUGUCGACAUCGCCCGCGUCACAGCCCAGCGUACUCUUGAGUCCAAGGAUGAAGAUCUCAAGAAGGAGGUCGAGAUCAAGCGUGCUGCUGCAGAGAUGGAGCGUCUUCGUGCCACAGAUGUCGUCAAGGCUACCAUUGCAAGGGAGAGUAAGCAACAAGCUGCUGAUGCUGCUGCCUACGAAGUCGAGGCCGAUGCGCGCGCUCACCAGGAGGCUAGCCAGCGCAAGGCCGACGCUGCAGCUUACCAGACCAAGCUCUUCGCCGACGCAGACGCAGCAGCUACAUACGCCAAGAUCACAAGGAACACAGACGCCGAGGCUUACCAGACGCGUAACGAAGCCGAAGCCUACAACUACGCCGCCCAGCAGCGCGCGGAAGCCGAGCUCGUUAGCAAGCUCCGCGAGGCAGAGGGUAUCUCCGCUAUGGCCGACGCCUACGGCAAGCUGUCCACGGCGUUUGGCGGUCCCGCUGGUCUGCUGCAGUACAUGAUGAUCGAGAAGGGCACGUACGUCGAGCUCGCCAAGGCCAACGCCGCAGCCAUUCGUGGCCUGGAGCCCAAGAUCAGCGUGUGGAAUACUGGAAACCAGAGCGGUGGUCAGGGUGGGGGUGAUGCGACCGAGACGAUGCGCAAUGUGUACCAAAUGCUGCCGCCGCUGAUGAGCACUAUUAAUGAGCAGACGGGGAUUACACUGCCGGAGUGGCAGUUUGGCAAAUUGAAUGCUGGUGUCAACGCUGUUGGACAGGAGGGUGCUAAGACUAAUGGCCACAAGAGCCACUAG